AUGGUUCAGUACAGCGAGAUACAAGAGUCUAACAGAGAGUUUGGUGAAACAAGUAGGACCACCCCAUUUGUUGCUGUCUUUGUCGGUGGCACAUCAGGGAUUGGUAAAAGCACCAUCAAAGCUCUUGUUUCAACAAAUGCCAGUGUGAAAGUCUACCUUAUCGGGCGCAAGUCUGCAGAAACCCGUAUGGUGCCCUUCAUCGAAGAAUUGCAAACAAGCAACCCAAACGCAAAGGUGGAUUGGCUUGAAGGUAAAGUCUCGCUGCUGUCAGAGACAAAGAGAGUCUGCGAGAUUAUCCAGAGUAAGGAGUCGCACAUCGACUUGCUAUUCCUCAGCACUGGAUAUGCACCCUUUGGUCCGCGCGAAGAAACAGCCGAAGGGGUGGAGAUUACUCAAAGUCUUCGGUAUUACAUGCGAGUACUCUGCAUUCUUCACCUCCUCCCAUUACUGCGCGGAGGGAAUGGAAGAGUGGUUAGUGUACUUGCUGGUGGCAUGGAGUGGGCCGUUACCAACUUGGAUGACAUCGAUUUGAAGAAGCCCGGGAGUUUCGGCGUCGUCAAUGCUCACAUACAAUGUGCAAACAUGACCACGGCAACUAUGGAGAGGCUGGCCGACGACAACCCAGCUGUGACAUUCAUUCAUUCUUCACCUGGAUCUGUUGAUACAGGCAAUGUGAGGAGAGGUAUCGAUUCGCCUAACUCAGUUAAAGGCUGGCUGAUAUGGCUUUUCCUCGAGCCCCUCAUUCGACUCCUCUCUUUCAACAGUGAAGAGUCUGCACAGAGACAUCUAUUCCAGAGUACUAGUGCAGCAUUUGGUGGGCUUGGAGUGCGAUGGGAAGGCAAUCCGGGUAGAAAUUCACGUGGGGAUAACGCGGCGGGUUUAUUUCUUGUGAAUGAGAAAUGCGAUUGCACCAUGAACGAAAAGGCGGUAUCUGCGAUUCGGCAGACUGCAAAGGACAAGAUCUGGGAUCAUAGUCUAGGAGUCUUGAAACCUUAUUUAUAA